AUGUCGGCAAGCGCUGGAGACGCGGCGGCUCCCGCCUUGCGCAGUCGUCCGCUCCUGCAUUAUAAGGACUUGGGACUGAGCACGCAGAACCGAAAAGUUCUCUUUACUUGUGUGCACGCGUCCGAGAACUUUCUGGCCUGUGGAUCGAAUACUGGCAGUGUCUACUUAUACGCGACGUCAGUGCUCAGUCGUAAUGAGCACGACAGUCGCGUGUCUUUGGCUAAGUACCACCUGGUCAAGAUGAUUACGCCCCCAAGCAACGAUCGCGUACCGGUCGCGUGUCUCAGCAUCUGUCCCCAGCAAAAACGUCUCGUCGUCGGCACCAAACGCGGCGUCGUGUACGCGCUACAGCUCGCCGAGUACCACAAAAUCGGCGAGAAGAUCGAGUUCUCGCACGACUUUCACAAAGGGUUCCCCAUUACCUGCUUCCUAUGGGACAAGCGAGGCGCUCGACUCUUUUCGGCCUGUAAUGCAGGACUAGUGUGUCAGACGGUGCUGCGUGCUGGCAUGUCAGCGCUCUUUGGGAGCACGGAUACGGAAUUGCUGCUGAAAGAAGAGACGGGGAUCGUGCAGCUAGAUUUGGCACGAAGCGGGUCGUCGCAGAUCCUGAUGGUGUCGUCGCAACUUCGGGUGUUGCUGUUGAAUCUGUCUUCUGAGCACGAGAGUGCAGUGCAAAUUGGCACAAAAGCGCGACAAGGCGCGUAUGGCGCGUGUUUCUUCACGAGCCUCAAUGUCGAGUCAAUUGAUCCAACCAAGAAACGCGAAAUCAAAGUGUUCUCGUCGCGACCAGGACGACGCGUGUGGGUUGCCGAUCCGCAGUCCGGUACGGUGUCAUCAACGCUCAAAUUCUCGCUGACGAAGAGUCCGACACUGUUUCUGCAAAGUCCAAAGUGUGCUAUAGAAGAAGAAAUCCAACCUCGAGAUUUGUCCAUUAAUAAGCUUGGUCGCUUUCAGUUUUUGCAAGGUCCUUCUUAUGCACCACAAGAUGUCAGAGACGCGACCACAUUGCUGGUGAGUUGGAAUGCUGGAUCGCGCGUGUUAUUUUUUCUCGACCCUCUUGGCGUAGAAAUUGUCGAGUGGCACCUAGACCUAGGUAUUAUCCACGACCUGACGAUCGUGAACGAAACCACGUUGGCAGUUCUUCACGGCGAUGCCCCAAAAGUGUCGUUGAUCCAGUCCUGUUCAGCAGACCAAUUUCUUCAGAUCUACGGUUCGGACGAUGUGAAGAAGGCUGUUGAGCUUGCAGUCGAGUUCAACUUCAACGACGCUGCCGUCGUGACCUCUCUACACACUCAGUGGCUGGCCCACCUUGAUAAUGUUAGCACCAGACCCGUGGAGUAUGACGAGUUGACGAAGUCUCUGAAGGCGCUGGUGGAUCAGACAAAGGCACUUGAAGAGAAGUAUAGGAUGGCAGUUCAGGGCGGUCUUUCAGCAACUAAUGAUUUGGAGCUCGAGCCUUUGCAAGUUAUAUACAAGCAGCGUCCGCAGCAAGUAGUAGCUGUGGUUACGGCCGCUUCAUCUGAUUUAUGUUCCGGCCAGGAAGAGCCGAGGGAUGCAGAAGUGACGUUGACAACGGGCAGCGCUCUGCACAAGCCGAUUGAAUAUUUCGAUGUACUUGCACCUGCUACUCCGUCCUACUCUAAAAGUGUCUGCACACCCGAUGGUUCCUUUUUGGAGGCUAGGCUAAUGAAUAUUCCCGUACUGCCACCAACAAGCUCUGUGCUUGAAGACGAUUUUCGUGAAAGUUACAUGGAGGAGAUUAUGGAGGAAGUUAAGCGAUCCGAGCAAAUGCGAAGUGAGGAAGGUGCUAGGAAUAUGAGCCUUUUGCCGACAAUUAGGGAUGGGUCGACGGCAGCCGUGAAGGCAUUUUCGACGUAUAUCCCGGGUACCAGUAUGCUCACGCAUCUUAUGGAUGGAUCUAGGAUCCCAGUUUCAUUUGGCCGCUCAGAUGCGUCCGGCCUCUUUAGUGCCUUCCCCGAAUUCGAUAAUGAUGAGUUAACGAUCGACCCAGACCCGCGUUUGCUUCAGGCAAGGUACACUCAUGGCUAUAAUUUAGAUGCUGACGCAAAUGAAUACUCUGUGCUGCGAAUCGCUAUGUCUACGAUCGGAGAAGCAGAUGAAAGCAAUGUGGACACAGAGGUUCUUUUGGAAGCGAUCUCGAUGGACAUUUGGGAUUCAGACCUUAAGUACACGUCGAACUUACCGAUUGGCGAACAAUUAGAUCUCCCUCAGAACACAGAAGAUGGAAAACAUAUGAAUGGGCGCAUACUCGCUGGACGAGAUGCCCAUGCAAACAGAUGUGCAGAUGAUGCGAAACGUGGACGGGACGUUUCACCGCGCGCGGAAGGAUCGGAUCUGCUCGAGAACUUGCACGUACAAAUGCCAAUAUUAGCAGCACCGUCGAACAAUGACUGCACCCCCAUUGAUAAAUCCAGUCAACUUCUCGAGCACCGAUCAUUGGCGUCUACAGAUGAAGUAUGCGCGGCUCAGCGCGCAAUUCAGAAAUACUUUGGAGCCCCUUCAAGCUGUGAGGUUAAGAUUAGAUGUAUAGUUGGUGGCCGGAUGGCUGUAUCAUCGGAAUUGGAACCCACCGUUCGACGUGAUAUCAGCGAACUAACUUCAGAGCUCCACGCGGCUUCUGCUACAGCCGAGAAAACAAAACAUCUGACACGGAGAUUGUGGCCGGCGUCUGGCAUCACACGAGUGUGUGCAUGCCUUACGAGCGUAUACUUGCUGCAGGGUGAUAUGGCUCACGUACAAACGACAAUAAAAGCGUGGUUAAGCUGCUUCGACCCAACUGCACAACAUGCCGAGGCCGACGACUGUAUGGAAGAUAAAAACGUGCGCCCGAAUAAGGUGGUAACUACUGGAUUUGCCCGCGGCGAGGCGCUUGUAGACGGCGAUGGCUUGCCGCUUACGAGAGGAGAUUGGAACUUAGUGCGAGCGUUGGUGUCCAUAUAUUUUGCUGUUUGGGCCGCAGGGUCGAAGCUGCAUCUGCACCCUGUAAGCCCAAAAGCCCAAGCUGGUGGCAAGGUUUGUAGAUUGUACGAAAGUGAGAUGGGGAUUACUUUAGUACUGGAACCGCGCUACAAUUGGGACAACGAGGUAGAAGACUCCCUGACUAAUUCAGCCACAGCCGAUGAAGCUGAGGCAUUUGUAACCAAGUACGGCGUGUACAUUAAUCCGGAACUAGCCGCUGAAGUCUGUAAUCUGCGGCGAUUCACAGGUGCGCUGACAACUGUGCUAGAUGGCGUUGUAUCCAGCGCUGACAUGGCGGAUAUUUAUAAUGAGAUUGUGGGAUGGAUAUCAGAGAAGGAGAUUGACAAGGCUGUUUCGGCAUUGAAAAAGCAUGACUCGUUGUGCCUGCUACUCGACUUACUCGACAUUUUAUUGAAGAAGUGUCCGCAAGAGACAAUUGACAUAUGCGUAUGCAAGUAUCCCGUGUUAUAUCCGUGGAACGUCGAGCGAGCUCUGUUCGGGACAGAAUUGGACUGGGAAGCAAUUGUUGGAGGGUUAGAUGGUACGCGUGAAAUGUUGCUACCGAACGCUGUAGCCCAGACGUCGACGUAUCUUCGAUAUCUCGUACGGCUUCUUGAAAAGAGAGGUGACGAAGCUGGCAAAGACGCGCAAGUGGUAAGACGCUGUUUGGACUUGUGUUUUGCAAGCAAUGCCGUGUUGGGAGACUUGUUUGAUCACAAUGAAAGGCAUGGCCGCCUGGAGUGGAUUGCGGCGGUUGUCCGCCAACCUGAUCGGUAUGUCUACGACCACGCAGAGUGCUGGGACAUGUUCACGAAAUACAAUGCGCUCCUUCCUCUGUUAGAGUUGACAAUGCUAUCGUUGCAAGGCGGAUGCGACGUGACAAUGUUUGACCGAGGAGUAACUGAACUGCGUGCGCUUGUGGCAUUGAUGGCGGAAUGCAAGGAUCUGCUUGCUUUCGAGAAACUGGUGGGUAGAGUGGCCGGACUCCCACACAACUCCGAACAAUGUUUAUGCGAUGUUUUGAACCAGAUUCAAGGAUACGUGUCUAAUGAGAAUCGCCAUGAGCCGUUGUGCUCUGCGGCUGUUCACGCUUUGCUGAACUCAGUAAAUCUCGAUGUCGGCAUGCGCCUCCUCGGCCGAUUUCCUUCGUUGUUUAGUACCAUACCACUGCAAACGUACUGCACCAUUGUUGAGACACAUGUGCUCACUGAGCGACAAAAGCAUGAAGUCGUUCGAAUGUUGGAGAUCGUGGACUCGAACGUGUGGGCGUCAUAUAAGGAAGAUGUGUCAGCCACCAGUUCGGUGUCUUUCGCACCCCAGCUUGCUGCUAUUUUGCAGCUUGAAAUGGAUGCGCUUGUUCCGGCGCUAAAUCAAGAGCAAUACGAGAUGUGGGAAAGUAAUUGCAAGCAGUGUGAUAAUGGGAGGGCAAGUCAUCGGUUACGAGAAGUUGAUGAUGUUGGGAUAAAUAACACCAGGUUGCUGCGCACGUUUGGUAACGACCAGAACAGUGAGAAGUCCCGUACUGCAUCGGGUACGGUGCCGAUGGCUUGUCGGUCUUUUGAGUAUCGGAACAGUGAUUGGGGAGAUGAAGUGCAGUUGCAUGAUUCCACUUGUGCAGCUUGCGAGCUUCCAGUGGUGAUUGUUCAAGAUGACAACCGCAGUUUGGACGUGGUAUUACUACCGUGUGGGCACGCAUUUCAUGACGAUUGUUUGGAUGACAAAUCGUGUCCGACUUGCUUGGAAGCAAACUUGGAGACUCUGAACUGGUGCUGA